UGUCAACGGCAGCGGCGGCCAACAGCGGGGACAAGACCGCGACGACGGUGGUUUGUUGUUAUUCUGGCGCGCUCUUUCCUGGCUUCUGGUCGCAGCUCUCAAUUCCCGGCUCAAAAGUUUGGUGAAAAUGUUGCACCGGUGAAACGGAUCCCCCCCUCGAAAGUGAUACGGAACGCGGUCAGUUUGGCGUGAAAAGUGGUUUUUCGUGAGGCGCAGCCUGUGGCGGAUUUUAUUCCGCGGAAAAAAUAAGUUUAAAAAUUGUGGGUGGCAACCUGAGGAGAGAUCUCACCAGCCCCGGAAGCAGAUCGUCCGGUGUUCCGGCGCUCCAACGGGACGAUUCCGGCAGCAGGAAUCCUAAACUAGCAGUAGCACUACGGUGUGCCGAUCAUGGACCAAUACAGCUCCGAGGAUGCCAGCCGUUCAUCGUCGAUCGUCGCCGCCGCCGACAUUCCAGAGCCCCAGCAUCAGCACCACCAGCAACUGCCCCGGACGCGGAACGGCCGGAAACGAAAGUACAUCGCGGACGAUGCGGACAUAGAGAACCAGCGACCUGCCAAGCGCCAUGGCGGCGAGCGGAGAUCCCCGAUCGAGGCCACCUCCGCCCCGACCAUCCCGCCCCCGAGUGUGGCCUCCAGCAACAGUGCCGCGUCCAGCGUACCGCCCCCAUCGGUUCAAAGCAGCAGCCUCGGCGAGUACCCGGCCUCCACCUCCUCCGACACGCAGAGCUCGUCCGAGUGUUACUCCACGACGGCCGAGUUCGACCUGUUCCCGCUGGCUAGUCCCCCGUCCAUCACCAGCGUGCUGAGUCCGGCGACGUGCGACGCCGCGUCCCGCUCCAGCUGGAACACCAAAGGUGACACGACGCCCCACGGCCACCGCAAGCAGCACCAAAAUAGUGAUAAUAGCAGUAACAAUAGUACCAAUAAGUCCCGCGUGUCGGCUUCCGGGCCGGCCGCCCUGUCCUGCUGCGUGACGCCGUCCGCAGAUCUGCGGACCUGUCCGCUCCCGGCGCUCGCCUGGGCCAAGUCGACCGAGGUGUGGCGGCUGAUGUGCCGCAAGGACGCGAAGGCGUCGCUCGAGCGGGAACCGAGCAUGUUCGAUCAGCAUCCAGGCCUGCAACCCCGGAUGCGCGCCAUCCUGCUCGACUGGCUGAUCGAGGUGUGCGAGGUGUACAAACUGCACCGCGAGACGUACUACCUGGCGGUGGACUACAUCGACCGGUUCCUGAGCCGGAAGAAGGAACAGAAGAAAACACACCUGCAGCUGCUCGGCAUCACGUCACUGUUCGUGGCGGCCAAGGUCGAGGAGAUCUAUCCGCCCAAGAUUGGGGAGUUUGCGUACGUCACGGACGGAGCCUGCUCGGAGGACGACAUCUUGCGGGAGGAGCUGCUGCUGCUCAGUGAGCUGCAGUGGAGCAUCAACCCGGUGACGGUGAUGGGUUGGCUGGGGCUGUACAUGCAGGUCAACGUGACGAGCCGGAUGGCGGAGGUUAAUGGCGGUGGAAGUAGUCGGAAGCAGCAACAGCAGGUUAAGGUGGAGCCCCGGUGCUCGGACUCGUUCGUGUACCCGCAGUUCUCUGGGAUGGAGUUUGCCCAGACGGCGCAACUGAUCGAUCUGUGCUCGCUGGACGUCGGUCUGGCCAACUUUCCCUACUCUGUGAUUGCCGCGGCCGCCGUCAGCCACACCUUCGACAGGAAAACUGCCACCACCGUGUCCGGGCUGGACUGGGAGGCGAUCGCGCCGUGUGCCAAAUGGAUGGAACCGUACUUCCUGGUGAUCUGCGACGAGAACGAAAUCUCCCCGCUGGCGCUGCUCGAGUCGAACGAGCAGGUCAAGGGCAGCUACGGCCUGGCGCACGUCUGCCCAAACCUGGUCGCGGACAGCUCGCACAUCAUCCAGACGCACACGACCUCGCUGGACAUGUUUGAUCGUGCCGCAGUCCGUCGCGAGCGUCUCGAGGUGCUGGCCUGUAUGAUCCAGCAGGAGGCCUCGCCGGCGCCAAUCCUGCUCGACCCGGAGGGUUUGCUGACGCCACCGGCGUCCAGUCGCAAAUCGCUGGACGCCAACAACCCCGUCAGCAACGUGCCGACGCUGCUGGCGGACGUGGAGAACAAGGUGGUCUCCGCCAAGACUUGAUAGGUAAUGCUUCUAACUUGUUUUAGUCAAC